AUUAUUUUCCAGCUCUUGUCAUUGCUCACAACGUAUCUCUUUUGGAUUAAAAAACGUUUUCAAAUACGUUAUUCUUGGACAAAUACAUGAUUUCUUCUGCUUUAAAAUUUGUUUCAAGUCAAACAAUUUAGUGAUUUAGAUAUAAAUCUCACAACACUCUUGAUUUUGCGUUUCAUCAUCAAUAAACAUACAUAUUUCGACGUGCUUGAUUCAUGAAAAAGAAAAUGACAUUUGAGUUUUUGAAUUUCGUCUUUUGAAAUAGUGAUAAGAUGGCAGAUCUUUGUUGGGUCAUUUUCUUUGUAUCUUUUUCUUGUCUUUUCAGAAUAUUUGAUGCAAGUAUUGGGGAUAUCGAUCCAUUGUACAGGGCAUGUAUUGUGCAAUGUGAAAAGACUGGAUGUGCUGGAGAAAUAUGCUUACAACAUUGCAAAUAUUCUUUAGAUGGCUCUUUGUUAAAUAGCCAAAAAGAGCCUCUAUACAUGCAAUUAAAUCAAAGGGAUUGUCCAAGUGAUUGCAAGUACCAUUGCAUGGUUCAAAGAGAGAAAAAAAGAUCUUCACUUGGAUUUGGACCUGUCAAAUAUUAUGGUAAAUGGCCAUUAAAAAGAGUAUUUGGACUUCAGGAGCCUCUCUCAGUUGCUUUCUCAGCACUUAAUCUUGCAAAGAAUGUCCAAGGAUGUUUGUCAUUUUUCAACCUAAAUAAGAAGAGAUCCUAUAAUUAUGCUGCUUUGUGGCAUAUUUAUGGCUUCUUGUCUAUAAAUUCAUGUGUUUGGAGUGUUGUUUUCCACAGCAGAGGCAUGGAAAUUACAGAAAAGUUAGAUUGCACAUCUGCUGUGGCAUUACUUGGAUUUUCACUAAUUAUAUCAAUACUAAGAAGUUUCAACGUAAAUAAUGAGGCUGCAAGAGUAUUGGCUUCUUCUCCACUCUUUGCCUUUACAAUUACUCAUAUUUUGUACCUCAACAACUAUCAAAUGGACCAUGGAUGGAAUACAAAAGUUUGUGUUACAAUGGGUGUUGCUCAGCUUCUAAUUUGGGCAAUUUGGGCUGGAAUUAGUCAACAUCCAUCUAAAAGCAAAAUAUGGAUAGUUGUUUUUGGGAGUGGAGUUGCUAUGUUCUUAGAGAAUUGUGACUUUCCUCCAUAUGCAGGAUUAAUAGAUGCACAUGCACUUUGGCAUGCUACAACAAUUCCUCUUACUUGUAUUUGGUGGAGUUUUAUCCAAGAUGAUGCAAAGUACCAAACAUUUGACCUAAAUAAGAAACAAAAAUAGUGUUUUUCAA